AUGGCUGAGGAUGAACCUGCUCCUGUGGCCACCGAGCCCGCCGUAGCCGAGCCUCCCAUGGUGGAGCCUUUCGAGCCUGCCGAGCCUGCCGCGGUGGCCGAGCCGCCGACCGAGGCUCCUCAGCAAGCGCCCCAACCCAAACGGCGAGGGCGACCGCCAGGUUCGAAGAACAAGCCAAAGCCGCCCCCGACUGUGGCCGUGGCGGAGCUUCCGAAGCAUGCGCCUGAGCGACCUUCGGAUGAGCCGCCGGCACCGGAGCCGCAGCAAGAGCCCCGCCAGGAGCGAGCAGAGGAGCCAGAGCCCCCGCAGCCCGUGCGCAUGACGCCCUCGGAGGCUCGCCGCGCUCGGCAGCUCUCCCGCCGCAAUGCUGCGAGCCUUCCACAAGCAGUACCCCAGAACCUGACGCCGCUGCUCUACAAGCGGCAGCAGCAAUUGAUCGAUGCCCGGGCCUUCAACGAAUGGCUGGCCAACCGGCGUCAGCGCCAGGAGGGUGAGGCAUACGCAGACGAGCUGGGGCGCAUGACCGACGCCGUCAACAGGAGGAUCCCCCAGUUGAGGCCCUCCUACGGGCAAGUCCUGGGCUACAUAGCUGAGGGCGAACCCUUGCCGAUCAAUCUCCCGAACCGCAAUGCGUCCAUCCUGACUUCCAGUCACUUUUGGCUGGACGACUACCCGCAGAGCAGCGAGCCCGAGCCAGCCCCGCUGCCCCACACGACCGUGGACCCCGCGGCGGCCUUCGAGGACACCAAUGAAGGCUACGAUGGCGUGCCCUUCCCCCGCCGAGAUUUCCUGCGCCCCCGGCCUUUUGACGUGGACAGCGAGUCUGAUUUUGGGGCUGUGGACCCAGGCCAAGCUCUGAGAAACGACGGGCUGGAGCCCCCAGCACCGCCAAGCUUCUUGAGCCGACUGCAGCAGGCCGAAGCUGCGGCGGGAGCUGCGGCGGGACUGGCGGGCUCCGCCUCGGCCAUCGCAGGGCACGGACAGGACCUCUACAACGCCGCGCGCAGGGGGCGCAAUUGGAUCGACCGGAACCUGCGCAUCCCGCGCACACCCGAGGGCCUUGCACCCCCGCCAGACGAAGUGGCCCCACCACAGAUCAUCGGCAGGCCCAGCGAAGUGGAGCCAUUGCUGGAGCGCGCGGGGCAGCGGGCCCAGGAGGUGGAAAGGGCUGCAGCCCGAGACAUUGAACAGUUCAUGAGCGAGCAGGUGGCCGAGGCCGAGGCCACGGAGGGCUUCGCUUCCACCGCAGAAAUGGCCGCGGGGGCCGCAGAAGCAGCAGCGGCGGCGGAGGGCCCCAGUGCGCUGGCACUGUUCGGCGAGGCGGGGCGGCCGCACUCGUGGGAACCACUGCACGGCGGCAUGGUGGCGGCGGAGCACCUGAUGGGCUGGGGCGGCGGAGGAGGCACCGACACGGACGCCUCCCGCCCCAGCUCCGCGCCCGACAUCCAGACCUUGAAUGGCAUGCAGGAGUUUGGAGCCGAGCAGCACUUCCAGGUCCGGGAGCCGCAGGCCUCGCGGCAACGCCCGCGGACGGAGUUUUACCGCCUGGACACCGAAAGCGAGUCGGAGCCGCGGGCCCAGCCGCCCCCGAGGGUGCAGGCUCGUCCCGCGAGGCCCACGCGCUUCCCGACGGGCCUCAACCCCGCUCCCUUGGCGCAGUCCUCGGGCAGCGACUCCUCCCGCGGGCCUCGCAUGCAGCGUCCGUCCCGCGCCGCGCCGCCCCCUUCCUUCGAGGCGCUUCGCAGCGCGAGCGAGCCGGAGGCCGCUUGA